AUGGCUCCGCGAGACCGGCACUCGACGUCGGUCAGCAUCACCUCCAGUACUGUCGCAAACACCGCUGCCGAUGCGAUCAACGGUGGCAUGCUCGCACCUGCGACUUCUGGCUCGAAAUCAGCAUCACCCGUUACGACACGCAAAUCGCGUUCGCGAUCAACGGCAUCCCUGCCCGGAUUUCCCGCCGCGGUGAUUCCCAAGCGCGUUGAACCUCCUCGAAGGCAACUUGAACCGGCGAAGUUGGCGGUUGCAGUAGUAUUGAGCACCGUGCUGGAAGCAGGAUUGCAGACGGCGGCGUCAACAAUCGGGACUGGAGAUUUGGCUGCGAUAUCAAAACGGCCGGACACGUGGCUGGAAAUCCUGGGACUACUGGGAUGGAAGGUUGCGAAGUUGAGCCUAUGUUGGCUCAUCAACUUUGACGCGUACGACGUCGCCGGUGUCUCCCUCCUUCUUUCGACACCGACAUCAAUCUUACUGGGUCUCUUUUACAAGAUCAGUCCUCUGACACUGCUGACUACGAAUUUGUCGUCCCUCCUCGCCAACUCCAUACCAUACGUAUUCCUCCGCCCGCUCUCGCCCUCACAUGCACCGGGGUCCGCGGCCAAGUCGAGCGUGCGGAACCGCUCCAUCUUGAUGGACCACUACACAACGAUCGCGACAUCACUGCUUGCCACGGCCAUCUUCGCCGUGCUUCUAGAAGCCAGUUUCGCGACAUUCCUCCCGCAAUGGCUAGUCACACAUUUUACGGGCCUGCACACCUUAGAGCCAGCACACCUCGGCGCAUCCGGCCUGCCCACGUUGCUCCUGGCGCUGAUCCCGGCAGGAGUCGCAUGCAUGACCUUCCUCUUCGCGCCGUCCACCGCCGUACCGAACACCGCUGUACCCCCGCCGUUUGAUCCCGUCACCGCCAGCUUUGCUCAACAUGUUUAUUACAAUGCCUGGGGCUGGUACUCGGCGCGGCAGAAAGAGUUGAUUGGACGGACGGCCUUGCUGAUGGGUUUGAUGCUCACGGAGUGCGCGUUACAGCUGUGGGCGACCAUUGCCGGUGUCGAAUUCUAUGGCGCACUGGGAUAUGCAGGCGUUUGGGCGCUCGGAGUUAUCGUGGUCGGCGUGGUGUUGGAUUGGGUUGGUGGGCCGAGUGAUUGA